CUGUACUUAGCUGUGGACGAGUGGGAAAAGAUAUAGCGCAAAAUCAUGCUUCCCGGUUCUCUGCCACCUCCCCCGCGGCGCACGAGCGGGACCAUGGUGGGCGCCUUGGGGAACCGCCGGCGCAGCAAUGAGAUCAUGGAAAUGAUCGAAAAUACGCUGUGCAAAAGUAUCGUACUCGUAUAAAUGCAGGUCUUGCAUUACAAAUUUCUUUGUCAAGGCAAAUCAGCAUUACAAAUUUUAUUUCUCAUGCUGAGAAAAUUUGUAAUGCAUUUAUACGAGUGCGAUACUUUUGCAGUUCAUAGAAAAUGAGCAACAGCAAUCCACACUACGGAAGAAGGUGCGGCAAGUCGACCCGUGGGAUAACGAUUUGGUGCAGAUUUGCACCAGUAACUUCAUUUCUACAUGCAACAACGUUGAUAUCCACAAAAAUAAGGACGACACUGUGUGGAGGGUCUCCUCUGCGGGAGCUCCGGGAGGUGCAGGUUCCUCACCGUCAACAGGUGGUAAAAAUCAGGCUAAGAAGCUGGAAGUCCAUCAAAAAUCGGAGACGAAAAUGAAGCACGAACAGCAAAUGCUGAACAACAAACUUGGGUCUACGCCAACGGCUUCAUCCCCAGGGGCGAACGCAAGUUUGUCGUCCCCGAGCGGUAAAACUGCUGCUGCAGUUGGUCACCACCAGCAGCAGUUCCUUGCCUCGUCGCCCGCAAAUCCGAGCGCGCCGCCGGGAGCGGGUUCAUCCCGAGAAAUAAAUGCACCGGGCCCACUACAUCACCAGCAGCAGCCGUUACUCGUGCUGCCUUGCGGGUUGCGAGAUUUUUACACGAUCCAGCUGAAGAAGAGGCCCAAGCACAAGGUGAUGAUCAGUGUGCGCACCACCGUGGAGACGGUACUGAUUCGGCCGAACGAGAUCCAGUUUCCGGUGCAUGAAAGUUGUACCGCGAGCAAGGAAAAAGCAUCCUCAAGGCACCAGAAGAUGGUGAGUGAGGGCGAGAAGAGCAGUGGUAGGGGUGCUGAUCAUUUUGAUCUCCACCGUGGGCCGCAGCAACCAGCUUCGCCACGACUCAGGGGCAGUGGAAGUGGAACGUGUACAAGUCCCAGCGGCGCAAAUAACCAGCAGUCGCUCCUGUCCCCGCGUUCGGUGUCCAGUCUGGUCUCGCAGUUUUCAGCAUCGUCCCAGGCCAGUUGUAAUGGCGACGAGGAAGUAGAGCGAGAGGACUACGCGACGAGCCCCUGCGUGAAGAACAUCGAGAUGAAGGCCCACCACGACGAGGGCAUCACCGCAGAGCACCAGCACCGUUACAACAACUCCACCCAGCAAGUGAAGGAACUAGAUUUAGCUUGGAGCCAGCCACGGCAGCUGACGGUGGACGCUUUUUACGUCGAUAUUGGCACGAAACAGCUAAGAAAAUGCAUGUAUCUGGUCUGGGUCUGGAAAAAUGCAAGGCUUGUCGUGCUCGGCCAGCAUGACCCUCGAGUCUAGCACGCACAUUUUUAACCAAUAACGCCAAUAUUCUGUCAUGUAGGAAUGCAGUGUGACAUGCAGAAGAGGCAACACCUCCUUCUAGUCGGAACUCAAAAAAUUGUCGUGCUUGAGCGUCAAUCUCAAUUGACGCGUCCUCAUGAAUGAUUGUUUACCCCGCAUCACAAGUUUCCAGGCCGAAAACCUACUCAUUUGCACGUGAUAACAGCUGAACCUGCUCCACUACAUUUCGAGUAAGGAUCCGGCUUUUGACGCGGUUUCCUUUCAAAUCACCAUCCACGUGGCCGACCGCGAGGGCGGGAGUCUGAUCGCCUUUGGCAGCCACUUUUCCGCUAACGCGAAUCAAGGUGGUCCUAAUGCGAGCGGCGCGGGGGGAGUUGUAAACGCUUUAUCAUCUUCCUCCGUGGGAGGCAAAAACACUGCUUCUAGCGCGGCAACGGUUUACCCCGUGGUUUCUGUCUCCACCUCUGCGGGGAAGAAAAAGCUACGCACGUUCGAUGCGAGCCUACUGCCGCAGCAGCAAGCAGCGGCUACGAAUAAUUCCGGCGCGGCGGCUACACAACAAGGGCAACUAGUACAGCAGGGAGUUUUCUUAACCGGCGUUGACACGAAAGAUCCUUUGUCCGCAACUUCUCCACGGAAGGCCUUUGGUCCUCGCAGCCAGAUGAACCAGCAAGCUGCACCGAGAAUCCCGGAGUUUCACCCCUUCGCCGGCUCCAACGUUCCGCGCACGUUGGUGCACAUCGCCUCUGGACCGAAGCACAGCGUCUGCUGUUGCAACGCUGGCGGGGUGCACUCCUUCGGGUUGUUGGCCCUGAACGAGAAAGGUGCCGCCUCUGGUGCGGUUCCUGCCGCCGGCGCAACCGGACCCGCGGGCGCGGUCGUGAAGGCGGGCGCACACUCCAACUCGCUGGAAGCGAACCUGCAGAACUGCGCGCUGAAGCUCGGCCGGUUCAUCCCGUCCGCGCGGGAGAUCGCGGAAAACAGCAACGUGGAGCAAGCGAGCAGCAACAUCGUGGCGCAGCUCGGGCCGGUCCUGAGUUUGGCGCACGCCGCGGUCAUCGAGGUGAGCUGCGGGAUCAGCCACUCUCUGGCGCUCGACAGCAGCGGGAUCGCCUAUUUUUUCGGCGACAUGAUGGCGGCGCCGGCCGUGGCGGCGCAGCAGGGAAGUGGAG